AUGACAACUGUUGUUAUUGUCCCCGGAUCAUUCAGCGGUCCUAGCCUGUAUGACAGCUUCGUACAGGAACUCGAAAAGAAUGGUGUACGCGCAGCCGUUGUCAAACUUGCAUCAGUUGGCCGCAAGGAAACUCCAGGCACCUUGUCCGAUGACGUUGAUGCGAUCUCCGAGGUCGUCACGGGCUUAUUAGAUGCCGGCCAAGAGGUGGUACUGCUCACUCAUUCCUAUGGUGGCGUCCCCGGCACGCAGAGUCUAGAAAGACUAUCAGACAAAGCAAGACGAGCAAACGGAGGGCGUGGUGUCAAGAAGAUCAUUUAUAUGGCGUCGGUCAUUCUGCCGGUCGGCACGUCUAAUAUGGACGCAACCAGGGCUUCGAUUCCUGAAUGGAUGACCUUCGAGGAUGACUAUAUGGUAUUGGAUGUCGCCGAGGCCGCCGCCAUUACGUUUUCCGAUAUGCCUGCCGAAGAAGGAUUAGCAGUGGCAAAGAAUAUGGACGUUCAAUCCAUCGCCAGUUUUGAGGAGAAGCUAAGAUACCCCGGCUAUAACGACGUCGAUGAAGUCCACUAUAUCCUAUGCGAGGAGGAUAAGGUGAUCCCACCGCAGUUUCAGGAGGCCAUGUUGGAAUUGCUUAAAGCAUCCACCGGGAAGGAUUCUAUUGUUCACAGACUCAAGUGCGGUCAUGCGCCAAGCUCUAGUCAGAGUGGCAAUGUGAUUGAAAUUGUCAAGAAAGUGAUUGAGGGAAGGUAG